AUGCCGCCGGAGAAGCAGGAGGUGUUCCGUUCGCUGCAGGGCUGGGCGGUGGGGUCGCUGCUGCCCCUCCUCAAGCUCGUGGACAACUGUUGGAAGCCAACAUACUUCCUGCCGGACUCCUCCUUCGACGCGUUCAAGCAUGAGGUCCGCAAGCUGCGGGCCCGCGCCGUGGCGCUGCCCGACGACUACUUCGUGGUCCUGGUGGGCGACAUGGUCACGGAGGAGCGCGGUGUGACGCACUCGAUGCCACCAGAGAAGCAGGAGGUGUUCCGGUCGCUGCAGGGCUGGGCAGCAGAGUCGCUGCUCCCGCUCCUCAAGCCCGUGGACGACUGCUGGCAGCCAACAGACUUCCUACCAGACUCCUCCUCCGACUCCUUCGACCACGAGGUCCGCGACCUCCGCUCCCGCGCCGCGGCGCUGCCCGACGACUACUUCGUGGUCCUCGUCGGCGACAUGGUCACGGAGGAGGCGCUGCCCACGUACCAGACCAUGAUCAACACCCUGGACGGCGUGCGCGACGAGACGGGCGCCAGCGCGUGCCCCUGGGCGGUCUGGACGCGCGCCUGGACGGCCGAGGAGAACCGCCACGGCGACGUGCUCAACAAGUACAUGUACCUCUCCGGCCGCGUCGACAUGCGCGCCGUCGAGACAACCAUCCAACGCCUCAUCGGCUCCGGCAUGGACCCGCGGACGGAGAACAACCCCUACCUCGGCUUCGUCUACACCAGCUUCCAGGAGCGCGCCACCGCCGUCUCCCACGGCAACACCGCGCGCCUCGCCCGCGCGCGCGGCGACGCCGUCCUCGCCCGCGUCUGCGGCACCAUCGCCGCCGACGAGAAGCGCCACGAGACGGCCUACGCCCGCAUCGUCGAGCAGCUGCUGCGGCUCGACCCCGACGGCGCCGUGCUCGCCGUCGCCGACAUGAUGCGCAAGCGCAUCACCAUGCCCGCCCACCUCAUGCACGACGGCCGCGACGUGGACCUGUUCGACCAUUUCGCGUCCGUCGCGCAGCGACUCGGGGUGUACACUGCAAGGGACUACGCCGACAUUGUCGAGCACCUCGUCAAGCGAUGGAAGCUCGAGACGCUCGAGGCCGGGCUCUCCGGCGAGGGACGCAGGGCACGGGACUUCGUCUGCGGGCUUGCCCCCAGGAUGCGGCGCGCGGCGGAGAGGGCCGCCGACAGGGCCAACAAGGAUGUGCCCACCAAGGUCAAGUUCAGCUGGAUCUAUGACAGGGAAGUGGUUUUGUAG